AUGUCAGAACUAAUAGGAACAAAAGUAGCCGUUCCGGGAACCACGAGAGGAUAUGGUAUACUCAAGUACGUGGGUCCCAUUGAAGGAAAAGGUGGGGUAUUUGGUGGGCUCGAGCUACAAGGUCCCAUAGCUGCAUCAAGAGGUAAAAACAACGGAUCCGUUGAUGGAAUCCAAUAUUUCAAUGUCCAGCAGCCAAUGAGCGGCCUCUUCAUACCUUGGGAAAGACUUCGAAGCGCUAACUUGAGACUCCCGAAACUUGACGAAUUCAUGAGACCCAUAUCCGAAUCUUCGGAUUAUUUAAGAACUCCAAGCCCCCGUCUGAACUCGUCUUCAAGAGGAAGCAGACCAGCUUCCCUGGCUCAAAGCCCACAAUUGAGUCUGUCGAUUCUGUUACCAAAACGCAGAGUGGCAUCUGGGGAGCAAAAUAGUAUGGCAGGCUCCAGAUCGGUGGUUGGAUCUCGAAGCGAUCUGGGAGACCUUUUUGACAGGACACGAGUGCAACACGAACUUCAAGUGGCUCAAAGAGAAAACAAUGAGCUAAGAAGUAUACUAGAAUCUAAAACUAGAGAUCUCCAGGAGCGUGACAAUAUACUAAAGGGUUUACAGAAUACUAUCAACGAGUUACAAGCUGUGCUUGCGGAUAUGGAAGACGAAUUGGCUCAGAAGGACCAGAGAUUGUCGAAGCAGAAAGCUGAUAAUGAUAAGGCAAGGGAGGAGUGGAGAGAAAGUUUACAGCUAAUGCUUUCUGCUCAGCAAGAGGCAGAGGAGCUAUAUGAGCAGCAGUUGAAAGAUCUCAAACGGAAGCUAGGUGACGCCGAAAGUGGCUCAAUAGAUAAAAGCCGUUUGAAUGAGCUAGAGGAGCAGAUAAAACAUCUCACUGAGGAGAAUAAGAGGCUUGACAAGCAGUUGGAAAGGUACGCCACAGACGAUAGCCAGACUUCCGAGGGAAAAGAAGAGCUCUUAAAAUCCCUUGAACGCCUUCAGCAGGAUGUCUCGUCAUUGGAGUUCGUCCUUGGGGAGAGUCAGGAGAAGGUGAAAGCUAAGGAUAAAGAAAUACUAGAGUUACAAGCCGAGGUCGAGAAGCUUCAACAGAAGGAUAUGGACACAUUACUGCAGCAAGUAGGUAAGAUGAAUGUUGACGAGGAAACACCAGAAAAGGUUGAGGAGUUGGAAAAGCAGUUGAAAGAGAAAGAAAUCGCAUUGAAGGCGAAAAGUGGUCUUGAGAUCGAGCUACGGAAUCUUCAAAGCGACAUUGAGAAAGCAGAGGAAGAGAAGGAACGUCUUCAAAAGCAAUUGAAGGAAAGUCAGCGUGAGAAAAGCAAUGAUUCUACAACCUUGGAGACUCAGAUUGAGGACCUCAAGCACGAACUUGCCAUGAGACCAACAUUUGAAGAAUUAAGCGAGUUACAGACAUCUCUCGAAGAAGUGGAUCUGCUACAUCAGAAGUCCCUCGCGGACAAGGAUCGAGCACUCGCUCGCAUAGAAGAAGAGAAGAAAGCACUCUCAGAAGAGCUAGAGAAGCUUCGCUCGCUGCUAAAGAGGAGCCCCUCCGAGAAUGAUGACAUAAGUACAGAUGACACGGAAAACAAGGAGAAUCACUACGGAACAAGCUACUUAAAAAAUGACACUUUGGGUAUCUACAAACCACCCAAGCCAGUUGACCCUAGCAGUGGUCGGCAGAACUGGUGUGGUCUUUGUGAACGGGAUGGCCAUAGCAGCCUCAACUGUCCCUACGAGAACGACAUUUUCUAA